GUUACAACCGGGUCCCUAAAUCGAAUAGAAAGUUUAUUUUACGUUUUCUACUUUAGCAAAGAGGCCCCCAAAGAAGUUUUUGGCCCGGGUCCCAAUUAGAAGUUAAGUCGAGCCUUGUCCCCUUUCCAAUUUAACGUUUCAGGAACUUACUAUAACCCUUAGAUAUCGGUAAGACUUUUUUGAUCGCCAAACCUGUCGCCUAAUAUCAACUAUUGAAUACAAUCAUCGCAAGAAUAUUUCUGGUAAACUUACGUUGAGCUAUGCUCCUUCCUAACCAAAAAUAAAAAAUACACGCUAUUGCGCAUGUGUGUAUCAAGUAGUCAUGCGACAGCUGUGUAAAUAUACAAAAAGCACAAAUCUCCUUCUCUGUGACAAAAAGUAAACAAAGCCCGUCAAGAAUCGGAAUUCCGAAACUCGUGGAACUGAUUUAGCAGAACAUGACGUGGAUUUUAAGGCAUGAAACGAUUGUAUCGUAAAAUGAUCAACUAACAGAAUAGGGAAAGAACGACAUUGCAUGCUUAUAAUUGCAGUUACUUAAUUUUUGUUUAUAUCCGAAUAAUUUUUGCGAAGUUAUGGAGUUGGUUUUGAAGUGAGUAAUUGUGUAAAUUUGAGAAAAACCGCCUUUGUUGUUAAAAAUUCCUAAACUUGUCAUCACUAGUCAUUCACAUGUAUAGUUUAAUUUCUUAUAUUUAAGGAUAUUUCACCUUUAGAAAGCUUCAGAAAUUAUUAUUACUACAUCUCUGUGUUCUUCAGUCGUAGCCAUAUGUAGAGAUCCGUUUUCCUUUUAAUCAAUUGUUAACGAUGGCACUAUGUACAUCUAUUAAGCAUAUGUGGAGAAUUAUUUGAUUUGUAAUGGAAUCAAAAAACACCCUGUGAGCUGACCAAAUGUGAUAAAGGCAAGAAUUGCAUUCAAUGAAGAAAGAGAAAAAAUACCACAACAGAGAUUUGUCCUGAAGUCUAAUUUAAAGAGACAUUUACUUACACAUGCAAAAGAAAAAUCUCAUGCUUGUGAUGUAUAUUUGAGUGAAGAAUGUGGGUUAAUGAAUUAUGUACCAACUUCUAAGAAAGACAAAUCUGAUGUUUGCAAAGUGUGUUAUCAAACAUUUGCUAAAAAAUAUAAUUUAAAAACCCAUUUAUUAACCCAUACAAAAGAAAAACCUUAUAUUUGUGAAUUGUGUAAUGGAGCAUUUGCUAAAAAGUAUAAUUUAAAAACUCAUUUAUUUACCCACAAGGAAGAAAAACCUUAUGUUUGUGAAUUGUGUAAUAGAACAUUUGCUAAAAAGUAUAAUUUAAAAACCCAUUUAUUAACCCACAGAGAAGAGAAACCGUAUAUUUGUGAAUUGUGUAAUGGAGCAUUUGCUAGAAAGUAUAAUUUAAGAAUCCAUUUAUUAACCCACACAAAAGAGAAACCUUAUAUUUGUGAAUUGUGUACUGGAGCAUUUGCUAAAAAGAAUAAUUUAAAAAUCCAUUUAUUAAUCCACACAAAAGAGAAACCUUAUGUUUGUGAAUUGUGUAAUAGAGCUUUUGCUAAAAAGUAUAAUUUAAAAAACCAUUUAUUAACCCACACAAAAGAGAAACCUUAUGUUUGUGAAUUGUGUAAUAGAGCAUUUGCUAAAAAGUAUAAUUUAAAAACCCAUUUCUUAACUCAUACGAAAGAGAAACCUUAUGUUUGUGAAUUGUGUAAUAGAGCAUUUGCUAAAAAGUAUAAUUUAAAAAACCAUUUCUUAACUCACACGAAAGAGAAACCAUAUGUCUGUGAAUUGUGUAAUAGAAAAUUUGCUAAAAAAUAUAGUUUAAAAAUUCAUUUAUUUACUCAUUCAAAAGAGAGGCCCCAUGUUUGUGAAAUAUGUGACCGAUCAUUUGCUAAAGAAGGUAAUUUAAAAACCCAUUUGCUUAUCCAUACCAAAGAGAAACCUCAUGUUUGUGAAAUAUGUAAUAUAGCAUUCACUAAAAAAUAUAAUUUAAAAAGACAUUUACUUUCCCAUACAAAAGAGGAACCUCAUGUUUAUAAAAUAUGUUACAGAACAUUUGCUGAAAAGCUUCAUAAAAAAAGACAUUUACAUUUAUGUACAAAAAAGUCUUUUGUUAGUAAAAAAAGUAACAGAGAAUUUGUUAAGAAAAGCAGUUUAAAGAUGAAUUUACGUCCUAACACAAAAGAGAAACCUAAUGUCUGCAACAUAUGUAACAAAAAGUUUUCUCGAAAAAGUGUUUUAAAGUGGCAUAUAUCAACUCACACAAAAGAAUGACUCAACUUUUGAGGUACUGGUAAAAGUAAAAAAAAAAAAAGACUUUUAUUAAUAGAAUUAGUUUAGAAUAAUAUUUUCUUUUAAAAAGAAAUAAAACGUCGUAUGUAGAAAGUUUCUAAAACAGCAUUUUUCUAAAAAAGUAAUUUUAAAGAAUUUUUUUUAUGCAUUUUAAUUAAAAGCUUUGUACCUAGUAAAUGCAGCAGAAUAUGUUCUAUUAAGGACAGGUAAAAGUAAUACUGCUUAAAAAUUAUCUUUCCAGGAUCAUGAAUAUUAUGUACAUCGUGUAUACAAUAUGACUGAAACAUGCUCUCAUAAACAAGCUGUAAAACUAUAUUAACCUACUGAUAAGGGAAAGCCAAUCUUUAUUAUAUUGUAUUCUUACAUCUGUAAAUUUAAGCAUUUCAAGCACUUGCACUUUUACAAUAUAAGAAUAAAAAUACACGGUAUAUAGAAGAAUAUUUGAAAUAUUAAUCUAUAUAAAAAAAAUGUAAAUGCCUAUUUUUUCUGAAAUAUAUAUUCAUAUAUUCUGAAUAUAUAUAUGUUUAUAAAAGUUCUGAUUACUGAGCAGAUUUUCUUCAGAUUGUUUUACAAAUUUUGUGAAAUACAAAGGUUUUAGAAAAACUUUUGUAAUGAUUUAAUACAGACUUUUAUAUAUAAAUUAAAAAAUUGUUUUUUUUUUGUGCCUGUUCAAUAGUGCAACAUCUAGAAAAAGCAAGAAAAUGAAUGAUUCAAAUAAAUCAAACUGAAAUUUAUUUGAUAAAUGGUAUUUAAAGCAAAUAAAAUUUAUUUCACCUUAUUAUUACUGAAAUGUGCUUCCUAACUUGAAAAUUGUUUUGAGACUUUUUAUUACUUAAAAACUGAUUGAAAACUUAACUACUUGCUUUAAAUGGUCAAUGGAGAUUGAAACUUGCAUUUGAAUCUGAUUACCUUCAAAUUCCAGGUUGUAAAUGUAUAUUGUUAUCACUCAACUGGUUUAACUAAAUUUUAUGUAAUGGAUUUAGAAUUAUCAAUUACUCAAUGAGAAAUUAGCUUUAUGUGGUUAUUCGUUCAGGACAAUCUGUAGUAGAGGAACUAUAAAAUAAUUAAACUUUUUUGGUACAGUAGGAUUUCUCAUUCUAAAUAAAUUCUUUGUGCAUUAUAACAUUAUAUAUAAGAUAAUCAUUUGCAUUGAAAAUAUCUUAUUUAUAAAGCAUAUGUUUAUUAGUACAUUGAAAUUCUAUUGAAUGCUAACAUUAAAUAAAUUUUUGCUUUUUCA